CUGCCACACAAAAGGUUCAUUAUUUUGGUUUACCGCGGGAAAAGUUUCCACACUUUUUGAGAUGAAAACCAAAUUACAAGUUAAAAGGGCAAUUUGGGAACUGAAAAAGUUCAUCAUCGUCACUAUCUCUUCAAUGGCGCGAAGAAGAGUUAGAAAAAGGGUUUACGCCAUUCCUCGUGCUCCUGAUGGAAGUGCUUUUUUCAUCUGUGAAAAAUGUGGAGUUUCUGUUGCUAUUUCUUUGACUGAUAUGCAUUUUUGUGAAUCCAACAAAAUUCAGUUCAAAUAUUUUCAACCAGAACCAGCUCCUGAAUUCAAGGAUCAAACGCGUUCACCUUACCGUCUUUUUAUGGAAAGCUUCAGCAAAGGGAAAGAGAUGGAAAGUUAUAUUGAAGUUGAGAGGUUAGGGUUUCAAAUGUGGCAAAAUAUGUCUAAGGAGGACAAGUUACCAUUUGUCUCUCAUGCUAAGUUAUUGGACUAUCGUCACCAACGAGCUUUGAAACAUGAGGCUGAUGAGAUUAUAAAGAUAAAUUAUGGAGCUCAGUCACCAUUGGUUGAGAAUCUUAAGAAGCCUCAAGGAACUUUAGAGAAUUCUCAAAAGACUCAAAAGCAUAAGUUUUUAUACACGGAUCAUGGAGUAUAUUUUGCUGGUUAUCUUGUGGUGAAUUAUCAUAAACUAGGCAUAACUCGUGGUGAAAUAUGAUAAACUAAUUAGACCAUUUCAUUUUUUUUAUGGUUAUCUAGUGCUGACUUAUGAUAUAGGAUGCAGAUUAGAGUUGUUCAUAUUUUUUGUGUGGUUAUACUUAUGAUAGGGGAUGCUAUUAGACCAGCUCACUUUUUUUUGUUGUUGAUGUGAACACUUUUUGGUGGUUAGUUUGUAAUGAAUACAAAAUCGACGAAAAUGAAUAUAAUGUUUGAAAUUUUUUGGGUUA